CUGCUACUAGUGAGGGGAAGAUGGCGGCCGCAACUGUGGUGGUUCCCGUAGAGUGGAUAAAGAACUGGGAGAAAUCAGGGAGAGGCGAAUUUUUGCAUUUAUGCCGGAUUCUCAGUGAAAAUAAAAGCCAUGAUAGUUCAACUUACAGAGAUUUCCAGCAGGCUCUUUAUGAGUUAUCAUACCAUGUCAUUAAAGGAAAUCUAAAGCAUGAACAGGCAUCUAAUGUUCUUAAUGACAUUAGCGAAUUUCGUGAGGAUAUGCCCUCCAUUCUUGCUGAUGUAUUCUGCAUAUUAGAUAUUGAGACAAAUUGUUUAGAAGAAAAAAGCAAGAGAGACUAUUUUACACAAUUGGUAUUAGCAUGUUUGUAUUUAGUUUCAGACACAGUUCUAAAGGAACGCCUGGAUCCAGAAACAUUGGAAUCAUUAGGGCUUAUCAAACAAUCACAGCAGUUCAAUCAAAAGUCAGUUAAAAUCAAGACAAAACUCUUUUAUAAGCAGCAAAAAUUCAAUUUGUUAAGAGAAGAGAAUGAAGGUUAUGCCAAGCUGAUUGCUGAAUUGGGGCAAGAUUUAUCUGGAAAUAUUACUAGUGACUUAAUCUUAGAAAAUAUAAAAUCUUUAAUAGGAUGCUUUAAUCUGGAUCCCAAUAGAGUUUUGGAUGUCAUUUUAGAAGUGUUUGAAUGCAGGCCAGAACAUGAUGACUUCUUUAUAUCUUUAUUAGAAUCUUACAUGAGUAUGUGUGAACCGCAAACACUGUGUCAUAUUCUUGGGUUCAAAUUCAAGUUUUACCAGGAACCAAAUGGAGAGACUCCUUCAUCUUUAUACAGAGUUGCAGCAGUACUUCUACAGUUUAAUCUUAUUGAUUUAGAUGAUCUUUAUGUACAUCUUCUUCCAGCUGAUAAUUGCAUUAUGGAUGAACACAAACGAGAAAUUGUGGAAGCUAAGCAAAUUGUUAGAAAACUUACGAUGGUUGUAUUGUCUUCUGAAAAAAUUGAUGAACGAGAGAAAGAAAAGGAAAAAGAAGAGGAGAAAGUAGAGAAGCCACCUGACAACCAAAAACUUGGUUUGUUGGAAGCCUUGUUAAAGAUUGGUGAUUGGCAGCAUGCGCAGAACAUUAUGGAUCAGAUGCCUCCAUACUAUGCAGCUUCACAUAAGCUAAUAGCCCUUGCAAUUUGCAAGCUCAUUCACAUAACUAUUGAGCCUCUCUACCGAAGAGUUGGCGUUCCUAAAGGUGCUAAAGGUUCACCUGUUAAUGCUUUGCAAAAUAAGAGGGCACCAAAACAAGCAGAGAGCUUUGAAGAUUUGAGGAGAGAUGUCUUCAAUAUGUUCUGUUACCUUGGUCCUCACCUUUCGCAUGAUCCCAUUUUAUUUGCAAAAGUGGUGCGCAUAGGCAAAUCAUUUAUGAAAGAGUUUCAGUCUGAUGGAAGCAAACAAGAAGAUAAAGAGAAAACGGAAGUUAUCCUUAGCUGUUUACUUAGCAUUACUGACCAGGUACUUCUUCCAUCUCUUUCUUUGAUGGACUGCAAUGCUUGUAUGUCUGAGGAACUAUGGGGAAUGUUUAAAACAUUUCCAUAUCAGCAUAGAUAUCGUCUGUAUGGCCAGUGGAAGAAUGAAACUUAUAACAGUCACCCACUUUUAGUAAAAGUUAAAGCCCAAACAAUAGACAGAGCCAAAUAUAUCAUGAAGCGUCUAACCAAGGAAAAUGUGAAGCCUUCUGGAAGACAAAUUGGGAAGUUGAGCCACAGCAAUCCAACCAUUUUGUUUGAUUAUAUCUUGUCGCAAAUACAGAAGUAUGAUAACUUAAUAACACCUGUAGUAGAUUCAUUGAAAUACCUCACUUCAUUGAAUUAUGAUGUUUUGGCCUAUUGUAUCAUUGAAGCUUUAGCUAAUCCAGAAAAGGAGAGAAUGAAACAUGAUGACACAACCAUCUCAAGCUGGCUUCAGAGUCUGGCUAGUUUCUGUGGUGCAGUUUUUCGUAAAUAUCCAAUUGAUCUUGCUGGUCUUCUUCAAUAUGUGGCUAAUCAGCUAAAGGCAGGCAAAAGUUUUGACCUGCUUAUAUUGAAAGAAGUGGUACAAAAAAUGGCAGGAAUAGAAAUUACAGAGGAAAUGACGAUGGAGCAACUAGAGGCCAUGACUGGUGGAGAGCAACUAAAAGCUGAGGGUGGUUAUUUUGGCCAGAUCAGAAACACUAAAAAAUCCUCCCAGAGAUUAAAGGAUGCGCUGUUGGAUCAUGAUCUUGCUCUUCCUCUCUGUUUGCUUAUGGCUCAGCAGAGGAAUGGGGUAAUCUUCCAAGAAGGUGGAGAGAAACAUUUGAAACUUGUGGGAAAACUCUAUGAUCAGUGUCAUGAUACCCUGGUACAGUUUGGUGGGUUUUUAGCAUCUAAUCUAAGCACAGAAGAUUAUAUAAAGCGAGUGCCUUCAAUUGAUGUGCUCUGUAACGAAUUUCAUACACCCCAUGAUGCAGCAUUUUUCCUGUCUAGGCCAAUGUAUGCACACCAUAUUUCGUCUAAAUAUGAUGAACUUAAAAAAUCAGAAAAGGGAAGUAAACAGCAGCAUAAAGUUCACAAGUACAUUACAUCAUGUGAAAUGGUGAUGGCUCCUGUCCAUGAAGCAGUGGUCUCCUUACACGUUUCCAAAGUCUGGGAUGACAUCAGCCCUCAGUUCUAUGCCACAUUCUGGUCAUUGACAAUGUAUGACCUUGCAGUUCCACACACCAGCUAUGAACGGGAAGUCAAUAAACUUAAAGUCCAGAUGAAAGCAAUUGAUGACAAUCAGGAAAUGCCUCCAAAUAAAAAGAAAAAAGAGAAAGAGCGUUGUACUGCCCUUCAGGACAAGCUUCUUGAAGAAGAAAAGAAACAGAUGGAACACGUACAGCGAGUUCUACAGAGACUGAAACUGGAAAAGGACAACUGGCUUUUAGCAAAAUCUACCAAAAAUGAGACCAUCACAAAAUUUCUACAGCUGUGUAUAUUUCCUCGAUGUAUUUUUUCAGCAAUUGAUGCUGUUUACUGUGCUCGUUUUGUUGAAUUGGUACAUCAACAGAAAACUCCAAAUUUUUCCACACUUCUUUGCUAUGAUCGAGUUUUCUCUGACAUAAUUUACACAGUUGCAAGCUGUACUGAAAAUGAAGCUAGUCGGUAUGGGAGAUUUCUUUGCUGCAUGUUAGAGACUGUGACCAGGUGGCACAGUGACAGAGCCACGUAUGAAAAGGAAUGUGGAAAUUAUCCAGGAUUCCUUACUAUAUUACGGGCCACUGGAUUUGAUGGUGGAAAUAAAGCUGACCAAUUAGACUAUGAAAAUUUUCGACAUGUUGUACAUAAAUGGCAUUACAAACUAACCAAGGCAUCCGUACAUUGCCUUGAAACAGGCGAAUAUACUCACAUCAGGAAUAUCUUGAUUGUGCUAACAAAAAUACUUCCUUGGUACCCAAAAGUUUUGAAUUUGGGUCAGGCUUUGGAAAGAAGAGUGCAUAAAAUCUGCCAAGAAGAAAAAGAGAAGAGGCCAGAUCUAUAUGCAUUGGCUAUGGGCUACUCUGGGCAGUUGAAAAGUAGAAAGUCAUACAUGAUACCUGAAAAUGAGUUUCAUCACAAAGACCCCCCUCCGAGGAAUGCAGUUGCCAGUGUACAAAAUGGGCCUGGUGGUGGGCCUUCUUCAUCGUCGAUAGGAAGUGCGUCUAAGUCGGAUGAAAGCAGUACUGAGGAGACUGAUAAAUCAAGGGAGAGAUCUCAGUGUGGUGUGAAAGCUGUUAAUAAAGCUUCUAGUGCCACACCGAAAGGGAAUUCAAGCAAUGGAAACAGUAGCUCUAACAGCAGCAAAGCUGUUAAAGAAAAUGACAAAGAAAAAGGGAAAGAGAAAGAAAAAGAGAAAAAAGAAAAGACUCCAGCUACUACUCCAGAGGCCAGGAUACUUGGUAAAGAUGGUAAAGAAAAACCGAAGGAAGAGCGGCCAAAUAAAGAUGAAAAAGCAAGAGAGACGAAGGAAAGAACACCCAAGUCAGACAAAGAGAAAGAAAAAUUCAAGAAGGAAGAAAAAGCUAAAGAUGAGAAAUUCAAAACCACUGUUGCCAACGUAGAAUCAAAAUCGACUCAAGAAAAGGAAAGAGAGAAGGAGCCAUCCAGAGAAAGAGAUAUAGCAAAGGAAAUGAAAUCAAAGGAAAAUGUUAAAGGAGGAGAAAAAACACCAGUUUCUGGGUCCUUGAAGUCACCUGUUCCCCGAUCAGAUGUUGCAGAGCCUGAAAGGGAACAAAAACGCCGCAAAAUUGAUACCCACCCUUCUCCAUCACAUUCCUCAACAGUAAAGGACAGUCUCAUCGAACUCAAGGAGUCUUCAGCAAAGCUCUACAUUAAUCAUACUCCUCCACCACUGUCCAAGAGUAAGGAGAGAGAAAUGGACAAGAAAGACUUGGACAAGUCGAGGGAAAGAUCCAGAGAAAGAGAGAAAAAAGAUGAAAAGGACAGGAAAGAGCGGAAAAGGGAUCAUUCAAACAAUGACCGUGAAGUGCCGCCGGACUUAGCCAAGAGGCGAAAAGAGGAAAAUGGAACAAUGGGGGUUUCAAAACACAAAAGUGAAAGUCCAUGUGAGUCUCCUUAUCCAAAUGAGAAAGACAAGGAAAAAAAUAAGUCAAAAUCUUCAGGCAAAGAAAAAGGCGGCGAUUCUUUUAAAUCUGAAAAGAUGGAUAAAAUCUCCUCCGGUGGCAAAAAGGAGUCCAGGCAUGAUAAAGAAAAGAUAGAAAAGAAAGAGAAACGGGACAGUUCAGGAGGAAAGGAAGAGAAGAAACAUCAUAAGUCCUCGGACAAGCACAGAUAAUGAAGACUUUCAAUCAAGUAUUACCAAUGCAGUCGAUAGCACCGAAAGAGUAGAGAUGUCUAGGAUGGAGGACAGCCAGCUCUGGACCCAGCCUGAAGUAGAAACCCUGUGAAAAACAUCAGCAGUCCUAGGUGUGAAAAAGAUCUGUGUUAUCGCUUGCAUUUAGCGCCUGUGCUUUGUUAUUUACAAACAUUAAAGUGGCACAUAUUUUUAAAAAAAUAAAAAAACAACCUUAGGAGAAUGUUCCAGGUAAUGUGGUAUAAAUGCAUUGUUAAUGAGAAGAAAAUAUUACUCUGCUGGAAGAUAGAGUCCUGAAGGCUGAGUUUGGCACUGUUUCAUCACCAUAUGACUUUUCUUCUUGAUGGCAGUUCUUUCUGAAGUUCACUGAACUUGGGGCAGUUUUCAAGUUUGUAAUCCCAACACUUCAACAUUGUAUUGAUAAAUACGCUCUGGAUACUGCUGAGAGACUGACAUCCAGUAUCUUCUUUCCACUUGCUCUUGUGCUUGCUGAUUUGUCAUUCCAGGGUAUGGACAGACCCCUAAGCUGAAGGUCUCCCAGAGGAGGAUGCCAAAGCUCCAUGCGUCACUCUCAGAACGAUAUCUCCCAUAAUUAAGAGCUUCUGGUGCUGUCCAUUUAAUGGGAAUCUGCUUUAAGUCAGAAGAUGAAUACACACCACCAUCCUCUUGACGAGACAUUCCAAAGUCACUGAUUUUCAGAACAUUAUUUUCACCUCCAGGCAGUUUCUUGCAGCAAGGUCCCUGUGUAUACAAUUUUUACUCGAGAUUCGCCAUCCAGAAGCAGCAUCUAAUGAAAAUUUCACUAACUGUUUUAGUUCAUCCUUCUUUCUCAGAAAGGAGAGGAAAUCGCCUCCUGGAACCAGUUCCUUAAUGAUAUUGAUAGGCUGUAUUUGUGUGCGAACUCCUAUAAGUUUGACAAUAUCG